AUGCACUCUCCCCCGUCCAGGUAUCGUGACGAGGAUCCUGGGUGCAAAGUGCCUGCUGAAAUUCAGUCGGAUGUCGUACUCGGCGUAUCUGCUGAAUCCCAUUUUCAUCCUCUUCACCAUGCUGUCGACAGAGACGGCACUCUUGCUGGAUUUUGCUCAAUUGGUGAUUCUCGUGAUGGGAGUGGUGAGCACUGUUUAUGCUGCAGCACUGCUGUUCAUGCUGCUCUUCGAGAACCCCUACACAAUGCUAAUUCGCACGUUCAUCGAGAGGAAAUGAGCUCAAGACGGAGUGCACUCAGCUUCCGAUCUCAUCACUCCAACCUGGGCAUUCUCAUCCCGGCCGUCUUUUGUACACUCAGACAUAUUUUCAUAUAA